UCCUUGCCACUGGGGACACGCACAGCCCCAGCUGCUCUGGCCUUACAGAUGUCCUACUGGAUGAACUGCUACACUGUCACCUGCUUCUGAGUGCUGCUCAACCUGGCGGGGACCCUCAGAGCCGGGAGGUAAACAAAGACAGCUGAAGCGGACUCCUGCAGGACUCCCCUGGCUCUUCUGGUCCAAGACCCUCACGCCCCCGCUCCCCGGCAGCCUGUGGUCAGGGCCUCACCUAGACAACUCGGAGGAGGAACAAGCCAUCUCAUCCACCCACAGCCAUGAAUUUCCUCCGGCGGCGCCUUUCCGACAGCAGCUUCGUGGCCAACCUGCCGAAUGGCUACAUGACGGACCUGCAGCGCCCAGAUAGCUCCACCAGCUCCCCGGCUUCCCCGGCCAUGGAGCGGAGGCACCCCCAGCCCCUGGCAGCCUCCUUCUCCUCUCCAGGAUCCAGCCUGUUUAGCUCCUUCUCCAGUGCCAUGAAGCCGACCUCACAGGCCCCCUCGGGGCUGAUGGAGCCCCCGGGGCCCUCCACACCCGUUGUUCAGAAGCCCAGGAUCCUGUUGGUGAUCGACGAUGCCCACACAGACUGGGCCAAGUAUUUCCAUGGGAAGAAGGUGAAUGGAGAGAUUGAGAUUCGAGUGGAGCAGGCUGAAUUCUCAGAAUUGAACCUCGCUGCCUAUGUUACUGGGGGCUGUAUGGUGGACAUGCAGGUCGUGAGGAAUGGGACCAAGGUUGUGAGAUCCUUCAAGCCGGACUUCAUCCUGGUCCGUCAGCACGCCUACAGCAUGGCCCUGGGAGAAGACUACCGCAGCCUGGUCAUCGGCCUCCAGUACGGAGGGCUGCCCGCCGUGAACUCUCUCUAUUCUGUCUAUAACUUCUGCAGCAAGCCCUGGGUGUUCUCUCAGCUCAUUAAGAUCUUCCAUUCCCUGGGUCCUGAGAAGUUCCCGCUUGUGGAGCAGACGUUUUUCCCCAACCAUAAGCCAAUGCUCGCAGCCCCUCACUUCCCUGUGGUGGUCAAGCUGGGACAUGCCCACGCUGGAAUGGGAAAGAUCAAAGUGGAAAACCAGCUUGACUACCAGGACAUCACCAGCAUGGUAGCUAUGGCCAAAACCUACGCCACCACCGAGGCCUUCAUCGACUCCAAGUACGACAUCCGCAUCCAGAAAAUCGGAUCCAACUACAAGGCUUACAUGAGAACCUCCAUCUCUGGAAACUGGAAGGCCAACACAGGCUCUGCCAUGCUGGAGCAGGUGGCCAUGACAGAGAGGUACAGGCUGUGGGUGGACAGCUGCUCAGAGAUGUUUGGUGGCCUGGACAUCUGUGCUGUCAAGGCCGUCCACAGCAAGGAUGGCAGAGAUUACAUCAUCGAGGUAAUGGACAGCUCGAUGCCCCUGAUUGGAGAGCAUGUGGAAGAGGACAAACAGCUGAUGGCCGACCUUGUUGUCUCCAAAAUGAGCCAAUUCCUGAUGCCAGGAGGCACAGUGCCCUCACCCCUGAAGCCUUGGGUUCCGCAGACUAAACCAGCCAAGUCCCCCGGGCCAGUCCAGCUGGGGACUCCGCUGGGACAGCCCCAGCCACGCCCACCCACGCAAGGGGGCCCUCGCCAAGCGCAGUCUCCUCAGCCCCAGAGGUCUGGAAGCCCCUCCCAGCAGCGGCUCUCCCCACAAGGCCAGCAGCCCCUGAGCCCGCAGCCUGGAUCUCCACAGCAACAGCCAUCGCCAAGCUCUCCACAGCUGUCCCGGGCAUCCAGUGGCAGCUCUCCCAACCAGGCCUCCAAGCCAGGCGCCACCCUCACCUCACAGCCCCGGCCCCCCGUGCAAGGCCGCAGCGCGUCCCAACAGGGUGAAGAGUCCAAGAAACCAGCACCGCCCCACCCCCACCUCAAGUAAGUGCCUUGGGAUUGGGAAGGG